GAUAGGCCGAGUGUCUCCGCUCGUAACAAACACAUCAUCAUUAGCCUUUGUCACAGUACGUUUCUUGUCGAAGAAGGCACAGGCAAAUCUUUUUUUAUUGGAUGCUUCAUUCCAAAUCGCCCUGAGGACGUGUGUGAAGCCCAUCCCACUCCGUUCCCUAAAUUAACUGCGCCUGCUGGAAGGCAGGAGGAGGUUAGGCGCUGGAUCUGCCGGCUCCCUUCGCAUUCAGACACCCCGGUAACCUCCAGGUAUACAGAUGCCCCUCCAGUAGGCACCGCGGCAGACACAAAGGAACUCGCAUCACUUUUUUUCUAUUUUUAAGGUGACCGCCUUAACCAGCGCGCCGCCCGCCACCGGCCAGACUGUGCUGCUGAAGCAACGUGAACCCCACUCUGUGCUCGUAUAUUCGGCUGUGUGUUUCACCGCCACCGGCCAGCAAAAGCUCACAUGUACUAUUGAUAAGUUUCUGAUCAUAUGUAUGGUCGUUGCGUCAGUCUGCGCCGACGAGGAGCUGCUGUCUUCAUGGACCGCUGAAUUUUUAAGUGACACAGCGAUGAAUGUGGUGAUUUCUCUCCCGUGAUACAAGAUAGCUUAUCCGGAGCCUCAGCAGCUGCCUGUCUGUCGCUUUUAAUGCAUAGCCUUUGCAGGGUCAAGAUGCAGUUUAGGACUGUGCUGGACGUGAAAGUCGUGGACGUGCAGAAGAGGCGCAAUCCGUCUAAACACUACGUAUAUCUCAUCAAUGUCACCUACUCUGACAACACCUCCCACAUCGUGUACAGAAGAUACAGCAAAUUCUUUGACCUACAGAUGCAGAUACUUGACAAGUUCCCAAUUGAGGGAGGGCAGAAAGACCCAAAGAAGAGGAUCAUCCCAUUUCUCCCAGGCAAAAUCCUGUUCCGGAGGAGUCAUGUGCGAGACGUGGCCAUGAAGCGGCUGCGUUUCAUCGACGACUACUGCAGGGCGCUGGUGCGACUCCCCCCUCAGAUCUCUCAGAGUGAGGAGGUCCUGCGCUUCUUUGAGACAAAAGCCGAGGACGUCCACCCCCCUGUGGAGGACUAUGGCUCCAAGCGCAAGUCAGGGAUUGACAGCUCGGAGCCCAUGGUGCUGGAGCAGUACGUGGCCGUGGCCAACUACGAGAGGCAGGAGAACUCCGAGAUCAGCCUCAAGGCCGGCGAGACGGUGGACGUGAUCGAGAAGAGCGAAAGUGGCUGGUGGUUUGUCAGCACAGCAGAGGAGCAGGGCUGGGUGCCAGCCACAUACCUGGACUCCCAAAAUGUAACCAGAGACGAUUUGGAUCUGGGCACUUCCAGGACUGGAGAAGUUACAAAGAGACGCAAGGCACAUCUGAAGAGGCUGGACCGCCGCUGGACCCUGGGGGGGAUAGUCAACCGGCAGCAGAGCAGAGAGGAGAAAUAUUUGACGAUACAGCCACACGCCAGUCAAGGGAAGGAUGAAGUCAGCUUUGAGAAAGGGGUCACCGUGGAAGUCAUCCAGAAGAACUUGGAGGGCUGGUGGUACAUCAGGUACUUAGGGAAAGAGGGCUGGGCCCCUGCCUCCUACUUGCAAAAGGUGAAAGAUGACUUCUCCCCCCGCAAAAAGACGCUGACAGGCCCCGUGGAGAUCAUCGGCAACAUCAUGGAGAUCAGCAACCUGCUGCAGAAGAAGUCCGUCAGCGAGAAGGACAUCCAGACGGAGGGGGAGGGGAGCACCACCCCCGAGCGCCACAUCUCCAAGAGCGAGAUCAGCCUGCCCAUGCCGUACAACUCUGAGAUCAACGCGGAGACGGGCCGGAGGCUGAGCGCUGGCCGUGACACCAACAGCCCCUGUCUGGGGAUAGCAGCAAGUGCUGCACUCAAAAAAAGUCUAGCCAGGGAAGAGCAAGGGUCCCCAGCUGUUGCUAGAGUGGCCCCGCAUAGAGUGGAAAUUGGCUUUGACUCUAUAGGGUCUCCAAAUCUGAGACAAAAACCUCCCCCACGAAGAGAACCCAACUUGGGACUCCAGUUACCAAAGCCACCAGCACCCCCUGCUGUGGAAGCAGAGUAUUACACCAUAGCAGAUUUCCAGUCCUCCAUCUCUGAUGGCAUCAGUUUCCGUGGAGGACAAAAGGCUGAUGUGAUAGAGAAGAACCCCGGGGGCUGGUGGUAUGUGCAGAUCGGAGAGAAGGAGGGCUGGGCCCCCUGCUCCUACAUUGACAAGCGCAAGAAGCCCAACCUCAGUCGUCGGACCAGCACCCUGACCCGGCCCAAAGUCCCACCCCCAGCUCCGCCUGUCAAGAAGCAAGAACCGGAGGAGGCCCCCCCUCCUGCUAGCUCUGCUGCAAAAGUCUCAGAGCCGGUGAGCAGGCCCGUGUACGAGGAGCCUGAAUAUGAUAUUCCUGCAGUCGGAUGUGAAGGUGAAUCGGACACCGAUUCCCUUAAGGAUGAACGUGCCCUGGAUGUGAAGAUCAGCAGCGUGGUGAGCGACAAGUACCGCAGCUCCCCUCCUUCCUGCAAAGCCUCCCCUCCUUCCUGCAAAGCCUCCCCUCCUUCCUGCAAGGCCUCCCCUCCUUCCUGCAAGGCCUCCCCUCCAGUCUGCAAGGCCUCCCCUCCAGUCUGCAAGGCGUCCCCUGUGUUCACUCGUCGGAGAACUUCCUUCAGGUCUGUGGAGGAGGUCUCCAAAGAGGAGUGUAUCUAUGAGAAUGACUUCAGGCCAAGCAGUGGUGCUGAGAGGACUUCAGUCAAAGGUUCCAGUGAGCCGAGUUCCCCAAGGAGCUAUCGCUCCUCCACAGUCCCUCGCAAACUCUCCGGAUCCUCGCCUUUAGCAGGUAGACCCAUGAAGACCAUGACGCCAGAGAUGACACGGAGAAGCCAGACCCUGGGCAGACACAUAGAUAUCAGCCUGAGCUCUCAGGACAGCAGCCCCCACUCUUCAUCAGAUGAAUUGACCAGAGGUUCCAAGAAAGGUGCUCCCUUUAGCCGGGAUGUGGAGCAGAGAAUAGGUCAGAGCCCCUCCACCCGGCCUAAGCCUUCUGUCAGACCUAAACCUCUCCUGACCAAAUCUGAGCCCCAGAGUCCUGAGAGGAUGGACAUCAGCUCUCUGAGGCGGCAGCUGAGGCCUACCAGUCAGUAUCGGCCUCAUGGCCUCAAACCUACUCGCGACGAAUCUGAAACAGGCUCUGUCAUAUCAUCCGAGGACUCCAUGUGUUCGCGCAGCACCUCAGAUCUCUCUUCAGUAUACUCCAAAGGGAGCCGCGGUGACUCGGACGUGGAAGGCCCCACUCUCUACCGCUCCCUGGAUGUCUAUAAGAAGGUCCAGGACUCUGAGAUCAGCUUUCCAGCCGGGGUGGAGGUUGAGGUUCUGGAGAAGCAGGAGAGCGGUUGGUGGUACAUCCGUUGGGUAUCUGAAGAAGGUUGGGCUCCCUCAUACUACCUGGAGCCUGUCAGACAAGUGGGUGAUGUGGGUGGGUUCGAACUAGAAGGACACAGGAGUGGCAGGAGUAAGUCCAACAGCCUGGAGAAGAACGAGCAGCACGUUCUGGCCCUCAACAACAUCAACAUUCAGGGUCUGAGCCAGCAUCAGCAGCAUCAAGGCUUGAGAAGGAACACUCCGCCAAUCCCCUCCAAGCCUCCCGGCGGCUUCUCGAAGCCUUCAGCCGUAGUUAAUGGCGGCGUUCGGAUGAGGAACGGGGUACGCCAGGUGGCAGUGAGGCCUCAGUCUGUAUUUGUGACCACAUCACAGCCAUCAAAGGAUGGACACUACAUGACGGGUUCUCUGAGGCGAAACGACACGCUCCACAGAAGCGAUCACUACGGUUCCGGUUCUGCCACUCUUGGCGUCCGGCGAAAUGCCUCGUUCAGCACCGUGCGGCCACAUGUCGUUGUGGAAAGUCAGACGAGGCCCGCAGAGCGCUCCAGCCUGGGAUCCUCGGGUAACGCGUUCAGCACAAGCAACGUAAACCAACGCAACGGCAUCCCUGUGUCCACCGUGCGACCCAAGCCCAUCGAGAAGAGCCAGCUGAUCCACAACAACCUGGGCAGGGAUGUGUACGUGUCCAUCGCCGACUACCGGGGCGAUGAGGAGACAAUGGGCUUCACGGAGGGCACCUGUCUGGAGGUGCUGGAAAGAAACCCCAAUGGAUGGUGGUACUGCCAGGUUCAGGACAGCCUGCUUCCACGCAAGGGUUGGGUCCCGUCCAACUAUCUAGAGCGGAAAAAAUAAACCCCACAUCCGUCCCCUACCCUUUCCUCUAUCUUUCCCCUUUUUGAUGACUCCAAGGACGUUGGUGGCUCCUUAAGAAUGUUACCCGCAAUCACCCGUAAGCAAUAUGUCCUUGAACAAUGUACAUUUAUGACAGCUUGUAAAAAAGAAAGAUGUUUUAAUCUGAAAAGGAAAGACACUUUUAGUGCUGGUUUACUAAAAUGUAUACGAAAAGGAGUGUAAAGAUUUAAAAUAUUUUGGCUAAGAGACAGGAUGUCGGUUUGGUCCUCCUCGAGUGAGGAAAUCUGAAGAGGUAAUGUCUUUGAGAUAUCAAAUGGUAUGAAUGGGAGUGAUAACCUCUUAAAGAGGUUUGCAUCAUGUAAUACAGAAGUUGAGCAGGGUAAUGGUUAUGCUUAUUCCUGCCCAUCACUGACUCUGAUGGCCGAUAAGUGCCUUUUGUUGAUCACCUGAAUGGAGGUCCUAAAUGGUGGAUUGCGAAAAACAAUAAAUCAACCAAAUCUUUUAAGAGUGCCAUAGGCCUACGAACACCACCAAGACAAUUUGCAUAACCAGUUAAGAGCUCCACUAUAGAGUGCAAACAAAGUGCAAGAUUUCCAUCUAGAGUGCUCUGAAUGGUCCAACACAGAUUAAAGAAAGUAACUGAGGUUUAGACUCAGUCAGCAGAGAAUUGUAUUUGUGUUAAGCCACAAGCAAACUGAAACCUUUUAAUCUCAUUAUAAGUAUUCUUUAAAUCAUUGUAUGUUAUAAUGUCUCAUGUUGAUGCAAGUCUUUCGUAGAGAAUUAUUUCUGCUUUCUUGUGACAUCUGUUUACCACCGACAGCCUUGAAUUGGAAGUGAAACUCCUGGAACACAUGCAGGAGAUGCUCAGGUUUCAAUAAUUGGCAAAGUUUGGUAGUAGAUUCUUAAACCCCAGAAAAACAUGCUAAUAUGUAUGUUUUUAAUCCCAGCUGUAACUGGGAUAACAGAUGUGUAAAACCUGUUCAACUUGAAAAUAACAGACGCGUUAUAGUUUUCUGGAAAAAUGUAAUUUGCUCUCCAGAAAAACCCCACCUCAUACUGUAUCUGGGUAGCAAAUAACUUUAAACAAUUAGUUUGCAUAGUUCUGGUUUACUGUAGUGCUUUUGGCUCCAGGAACAUUUGAUUGUAAAUAUUGAGUUGUUUCUAUACAUGUAAUAAUACCGCUGUUGCGGGAUGUAUUGAGUACUGGAAAUGUGGUGAAAUAAUUGAAUCCCAGGGACAUAUUUUCAAAGCAUUUAUCCCAAAUGUGAUCAAACCAAAGAGAUUGCAUUAGCUAUUUUUGUGAUUUUUUAAAUGAUAUAUGGUAAAAGUAAUACAGUGUAUUCAACAAAACACCUUAAACAAUUUUUUGAAAAAUCAAUACCUGGAAUCACUUGAUACAAUUUUUAAACUAGAAGUAAGUUUUGAUAUUAAACAAAACAACAUAGUGUGUAGAGUUGUUUCCAAUUGUUGUUUGGUUACUUACCAUAUAUUAAAAGAUAAUUGACAGAAGUUAGAGAUAAUUCUCCUCACAAACCGAACUGAAACAUUUGAAUUGAACCUUCUGAGCUCAAAUCCAACUUUAAAAAUUCAAAUGGCUGAUGUUCAAGACUGCUGAAAUACAUUUUCUAUUGAGCGGUGUGAGCUCUCGGUAUGAGGCAGCACUAGCUUUUCAUUAUGUUUCUGCUGGACAGUAUCACAAUAUUAAACCAAGUGCAGUACCUGCUAGAUCGCAGUUAUCUAUUUUAGCGAAACUAUGUUUGUUUUUGUUUGUUACUCUGUGAUCACACAGGGACAAUAAUGAGGAACGAAGUGGUUCUGUUUUGUGAAUUAGUGCACUUUAAAUCUGUUGUUUUAUGGUGCAUUAAUGUGAAGAUGCAGUCAAUACUCAGCAUAAUAUUUAUUGAAUACAUUUUUUUAAUUAUUUAUCUAUUCUUCUUUCAUCACCUCAAAUGAGACAGUAACCUGCAGAGUUUGAGUAUAAUUGGAUACAUAGCGACCUCUAGUGGGGGGUCAGUGGUACUAAACAUGAUUUUACCCAGCCUUCCUACCUCAGUGCAAUACGAAAUGCACUGCUGGCCAGUGAGUCUGUACACAUUGUUUUUACUUCAUUUGAAAUCUCGGUGCAGCUAAAAUAAUUUGUAACACAUUUUUUUGUAUUGGGCAAUCAUUUAUUUUUUUGAAAGUUAAAAACUGAUUUUUUUCUCUAUGCUGUAUGCUGCAACUUUAGCAAAAAAAGGGCACUUCCUUCAUCUUUAUUGUGCUUUACAUAAUGCCUGAUUUAUGCAUAUUUAUUAUGAAUAGUUUUAUAUCUAAUUUCAGUUUGACAAUCACCUUAUUCCCCCACUCAAAAUAUUACUGUAUAGCUUAUACAGAUCAUUCUUUUGAAAGAAAUUGGACUUCACUCACAUUGAUAUGCAAAAUAUCAUCAUUUAAUUGAGUAUGUGAAGCAAUUGCAUUUGUUGAAGUAUAUGAAAAAAUGUAAGGAUACAUAAUACAAUUCAGAACUAAUCAGUUGAUUUGCUGUAUGCAGUUCCCCUUCCCUACAAGACGAAGGCAUUAUGUAAAUGUGUUAAAUCACUUUGUACAUUUCGCUCCAGCACUAUUAUUAUUGCUUUUAUUGAUUGAGCUGAAUUUACUGGCUAAAAUAGCAAGGGAAUCGUUUUGUGUCGAGCAUACAUUUAGCUGUGUAGCGUCUUUAUUCAUGCUUUUUUUUUGUGUGUCUUUUUUACCCUAUUUGUCAAAUUCUGAAAUGUACCCACGAGGAAGUGUGCAAUAGAUAAGAAACACAUCAUGCUUCAACAAGAGGAUGAGAAUUACAGGUGUAGAAAGAAAGCCGUCAACAAUGCCAUUUCAUCUGCUGGGAGUAGAUACUCCCCGUCAAACUGCCAGUCAUGAGCUUUUACCGUCAUUUCAAGUGUAUCGUUUCAAGAGGAUCUCAAAGAGCAGAUGUGUUAGCGUUGGAAAAGUAAUCGGACCAAAGCCGUCGUAUGUGACAUCUCAUUAUCUCCUGACGGGACGGACUUUUAUAAUAAAAACUCGCAUGAGAAUCUCUGGACAGUGAUUAUGAAUGGCAUGGCAGAAACCCACUGACCCGUUCUGUACUGACUUUACAGCCAUCUGGGGUCUUUCUUCACGGAUAGAGAGUCAGGGGCCCAUCAUCAGGGGCCUCAGCGGCCUGUCACGUUCGUGCCUGAAUGGAAUUUUGAUAGUUUCUUGUUUUUGUGUUGUUGUUUUCUCCUUUUUUGUUAGUUCUCUGGAGUGUGUCCUCUCAGCACCCACGCAGAAGCCUCUCUUGACAUGUACCCCACCAUUGUCAAACCAAGUCAGACUUUUUUCCUCACCAAUCACCACAACGGAAGGUGACAUUUGGAACCGUCUCUGCGGUAAACAAGAGAGCAGGGAGAUGAACGCUCCUUCAGGCCAUUUCAGUUCAAUCCAUCAGCUUCCAGGAUUGUACCCCAAAAAUAGAAAAACCUUUAUUUGUCUCUGUGCUCAGCCCCAGGCAGGCCUUAUCCAUGCGCUACAGGUAAACGCGUCAUUGUGCUAAA